AUGCCGUUCGUGUGUUGUCUGAGGGCUCUUGCUGGGUCUGAUGGCUCUGGCUGGCGAGUCUGGUGGCUCUGGCUGGCUGGCUCUGGCUGGCUGGCUCUGGCUGGCUGGCUCUGGCUCUCUAGCUCUGGCUCUCUAGCUCUGGCUCUCUGGCUCUGGCUCUCUAGCCCUGGCUAUUUAGUUUUGUCUCUGUGGCUCUGGCUCUUUAGCUCUGGCCUCACUGGCUCUGGCCUCACUGGCUCUGGCCUCACUGGCUCUGGCCUCACUGGCUCUGGCCUCACUGGCACUGGCCUCACUGGCUCUGGCCUGUCUCCGGCUUUCGCCUCAAACCUGGCUCUUACUGGCCGAUCUGUGACCCCGGUGGGGUUAACAGUAGCAGUCCUCCUGCUAGAAUUCGCGAAAUCUCGCUAA